CACAGCUGUGCUAAAGUUGAAACGGUGGAAGAGAACCACUACGAGCCAUUGUACGUGUGAUUUAAACGUAAUGGAGUCAAAGACUGUGAGAUCGACUGAUUUCGAUGCCCUUUCUUGUCGAUUGAGUGCACUGAACAAGAAAUAUUUGGUGAAUGAUGACCAUUUGAUGGAGUACAUCGUUGCCCUUGAACAGGCAUUGAAAUUUGAGUACAGGUUAAGUUCACGUCGAGUAUUCAAUGGCAUUGUCAGAUCAAAUAAGCUGCCCAUAAUCAACAGGGGUACUUAUAUCCGUACAAAAUCCAUUGAUAUAGUUAUUGAGAAGUUCCUUGGCCAGUUCAAAGGACAGAAAGUAAGGAUUCUAAGCUUGGGAUCGGGAAGUGAUACAAGGCCAUUUAAGCUGUUACCUGGUCAUGCUGGGACUUUAGAGUACGUCGAGUUGGACUUCCCAAACAGUUGCAAGUUGAAGCAUGCGGUGAUAAGUCUUUCGAAGCAACUAUGUGAUAUCGUUGGUGUUGAGCAUGUGACGGAUGAUGGUAGCUCACAAGAUUGGUACGACUCACUUGGAGAUCUUGACACGGAGCAGUAUAAAUUGAUUGGAGUUGAUCUUAGGCAGAUUGAUCAGCUCCAGGUACUGUUGUCGAAGCUGGACCCUAAGGUUCCAACUCUGGUAAUCUCUGAGGCCAUGCUGUGCUAUGUCGAGACUUCAACGUCUAGCCAGGUUCUUAAAACCUUGAGGGACAGCUUCCCAGUUGGCUGUAUAACGGUAUACGAUCCUAUUGGUGGUGAAGGAUCAUUUGGUGAUGUUAUGGUGGAAAACUUGAAGCUUCGUAAUUUGACCAUGCCUUCGUUGUUGGAGUUCAAUACAUUAUCCAAAUAUCACCAACGGUUGGUCAAUCUGGGAUUUGGCCACGUUGCCAUCGAUAAUAUGUAUAAUAUUUAUGAGAAUUGGACAGAAGUUGAGGAGAAGCAACGUAUAUCCAGGCUGGAAUUCCUAGAUGAGAUUGAAGAGUUGAAACUGUUAUUGGAGCACUAUUGCCUUGCCAUUGGAUGGUGGGGGUUUGAUUGGAAUCAGUUUGAAUUGAAAAUGGGUAUACAAUCAUAAUGCAUCACAGCUUUUAUUAACAGUCACUGGUUUCUCAUUAAAGGCUAUCUAAACAUUAAACCAUCUCUUUCGCCCUGGUGUCUCCAUUGCGAAUUUGGUAUCGAAUCAUUUUCAAUUUGGUAUAACCUCCAAGCCUCUCUUAUGUGCUCUGGUUGUAAAGGUCCGUCCAUCUGUACUUUCCUCAGAUCCAGCUUCUUCAACUCUUGCUUUAUCGUAUUGAUCUUGUCUUGUACAUCCUUGUUCUCCUCUUCAUCAUUC